AUGGAUUAUGAAAGGUGGAAAAAAUUAAGAGAAGUGGAGGUUUUAGACGAAAAAAAUAAUAAUGUCACGAUUGAUAAUGAAAUUGCUGAAACGUCAACUAGUGAAGUAUUUCCUCGUUCUAAAAACAUCUCCGCUGAUACUUUAGCAGCGGAAUAUUCGCGUGCGAGCCUUAUUGAGCCCUCAAGAGCCGAGCUAAACCAUGGGAGAGGAAUGCACGCAACACGCCGCCGCACGCAAACACGCGAUCACUUUGAUCGCUUGAUCGCCGCGUCUGAAACACGACUUGAUCAUCUGGAAACAAAACAUCGGAACACUUUGAUGUAUUUUUACAACUCAAGUUUGCCGUGGGCGAGGGGAUGUGUAGCAGCUGGUGGUGCUGUUGAUACACGACCUCUGGAGACGGGGCCGAUCCCCGCCUUCACAACCUUAGGCUUGGCCGGGCAUGGAGCCUCUGCUCGGGUGGACCUAUUAUGCUGCUACUCUCGUGGGAUUAAGAAGAUGAAUGCAAAACAAAAAUCUAAAAUUUCUGUUAUGAGGGGGCCUGGCUCAGGCAGAAGCAAGCGGAAGGUAACUAGUGACGAAAGAGAAGGACAGAGGGUAGGGUCGGGAAGAAGUGAAUCGGAGAGAAUGGAUGAGGGGACGGAGAGUCCGGACUCGGUGGGGAUAGACGAAAAUUUCUCAUUUUUGCCUACAACUUACGGAAAUAAAUUGUUUUGGACAAAUGCUUCACUUAAUUCACAGGUUAUCGGUGUGAAAAAAGCAGAUCCUAAAGAAUUGUACAAUAUAUUCUUACAAUAUGCUACUGUUGAAAAGAAUGGUGAAAAAUUUAUAACGAAUGAGAACUUUAUACGAAAGUUUUUAGCAUUGUUUGAUGAAGAUGACUAUAACAAUGAAUCGGUGGCACUUUUUGCCACUAUCAUGGACACAAACAAAGAUGGACUCAUAUCAUUUUCUGAAUUCCAAGCAUUUGAAAAUCUUCUCUGCUCACCUGAUGCACUUUAUAGGACAGCCUUUCAACUUUUCCGAAGACAUGAAAAUGACUAUGUGACAUAUGAGGACUUUGUUGGAAUAAUCGAAAGGAGUAUCUACCAGCAAACACUGCCAUUUGACUUGGAUAGUACUUUUAUCCACCUGUAUUUUGGUCAAAACAAAAGUGAAGUAUUAAAGUACCAUGAGUUUUGCCAGUUCCUCCAUGAUUACAAUAAUGAAUAUAGCUUGGAAGCUUUCAGGAGAUACAACAAGGAUGGCUUCAUUGAAGUAGGCGACUUUAAAAACAUUAUGUUAACUGUAAAACAACAUCUGCUUACUGAUGCAUUGAGAUCAAAAGUGUUGAAUUCAAAAAGAUUUCUCCAAGAUAAACAUAAGAUAAGCUUCUCCUACUACAUGGCAUUUAUUUCAUUACUUUACCAUAUGGAGCUUUUCAAGAGAGUGUAUCUUUAUGCGACAAAAGGUGAUAAAAAGCGACCGGUCACUAAAGAUCAAUUCCUCCACUCAGCACAGAUGAUGAGUCAAAUAACUCCAUUAGAAAUUAAUAUUUUGUACUCACUAUGCGAUAUCAUCUAUCAAAUAGAUGGGAAACUUUUAUAUAAACAUCUCAAGGAAAUUACGCCAGAGCAAUAUUAUCGUCGUGUCAAGCAGAGCAUAACUGAAAUCAAAGCAGUCUCGAGUCCAGAUGAGCGUGGCAUAUUUAUUCAAAUCCUUGAAAGUGCUUACAGAUUCUUUAUUGGCGGUAUUGCUGGUGGCUUGGGAGCAGCCGCUGUUUACCCUAUAGAUUUAGUAAAGACGAGAAUGCAAAACCAACGGAUUCAGCAAAAAGGUGAUGCGAUAUAUGCGAACUCCAUUGACUGUUUCAAGAAAGUCCUACAAUAUGAGGGAGCGCGCGGCCUCUAUAGGGGCGUAGUCCCCCAAGUAUGCGGGGUCGUACCAGAGAAGGCUCUUAAACUAUGUGUGAACGACUUUAUUCGUGACAAAAUGACAGACAAAAACGGGAAACUUUCUUUGUUCGGUGAAAUAUUAGCUGGUGCAUCAGCGGGAACCAGUCAAAUUCUGAUAUCCAAUCCUUUAGAGAUCGUGAAGAUCCGUUUGCAAGUAGCCGGCGAAUCUGGUGCGAAGAGCAAAAUCACUACUAUGAGUGUCGUCAGGGAUCUCGGGUUCUUUGGGCUGUAUAAGGGUUCUACAGCUUGCGCACUUCGCGACGCCCCCUUCAGUGCUAUAUACUUCCCUGCCUAUACAUAUUUGAAGGCGAAAUUCGCUGACGACAGCGGCUACAACCACCCUGUAACGCUACUGGUGGCGGGCGCCGCCGCCGGCCUGCCCUCAGCGGCCCUCGUCACUCCCAUGGACGUCAUCAAGACCAGGCUCCAAGUUGUACCGAAAAAAGGCCAAACCGUAUACAAUGGUAUAAUAGAUGCCAGCAAGAAAAUAUAUACUGAGGAAGGUUUCAAAGCUUUCUGGAAAGGCACAUUGGCUCGAAUAUGUCGUUCUUCACCACAAUUUGGCGUAACACUCGCCGCAUACGAAGUACUGCAGCGUCUGUUCUACAUAGAUUUUGGCGGAAGUCGACCGAGCGGCUCAGAGUUGCGCGUGCUGUCGCCCGUGCAGGAAACCAAGAAGAAGGCGCACCACAUCGGCGGGUACCAGGUGGCCAUCCCCGUGCUCACCGGACUCGAGACCAAGUUCGGCAUCUCUUUGCCGAGAUUCUCACAUCCGAAACCACAAUAA